AUGUCACCUCUACUAAUGCAUGCUUCAAAUUCAUCAGUGCCAAUGGAACCAUUAGAUGAUUUGGAUGAAACAGCUUCGGAAUCAAAUGAUGGCACAGAACAUACGACUGCAACUACUGCUACUCCUGGAAAGGAAUUGGUGACGUGGUUAGCGGCACAGCCAAAGCUUAAUGCACGAUCCAAAAGUGGUUAUAUCUUAUUUUCGGCUGAAGUUCGGAAAAAGGUGAUGCAGGAAAAUCCAGAAGCUGGUUUUGGUGAAGUUAGCAAAAUUGUAGGCAUUGAGUGGAAGAAACUGUCAGAAGAACAGAAAAAGCAGUAUGAAAUUAGAGCAGAAUAUAUUGCAAAUGAACGGGCGAAACAAGAGGCACGUGAGCCUCCUAAUAUGCGAAUUUUG